AUGCGCCGCUCACAGAAACUAGCAGGAUCGGCUGCGCCGGCCAGAAAUGUAAAGGUCCGCAUCUAUGGCGACAAGAGGAACUUUGGGAAGACGAGUGUGGAUGUGGAGCUUCCGCUCGACAUGCCCACCGAGCAGAUCGUCGCUCACUGCACGGGAAAGCUCGGCUUCGCAGCUUGCGAUACUGUAGUGCUCCAUAACCAGAGCUCGAUAAUCAGCCACAUGUGCUACGAGAUACCCCCCCUCGCCUUCACCGUCACGCCGCACAAGGAAUCAUACUACGACACCCCGCUCGCCGGGCUGAGAGUCUACGAAGACGAGAAGCUGAUUACCGGCCUGAACAGAGGCUUCGAGAAAGAGGUGGAAUGCAGCAUCAAGGGCACCAACGAAUGUCUAUCGUUCGAUAACGGCAACCUCGAGAUCUCGUUCAACAGGACAAUCAGGGUGCCCGACGACGGGAGAGAACACCCGCUUCCGCCGGGUCUGGGGAAAUUCCCGAUCUUUAACAUUGCGGAUUAUGAGAAGAAGCUGCCGGCGGAUAUGAGAGAGAAAGGCGGCGUUUUCAUCCCGAUGUACCAGAGAGAGGCGAUGUGGAUGUCCUUCCAUGCAAAGAGACAGUUCGCGAUCAAGAUAUACCUUGGCGGCGUCAACGGGAUCUCCGGGGAGCCCAUGAUACCCAACAUGGCAACCUAUCUCAAGCGGGCAAACAAAGCUACCAGAAAGCAGGACUACAUCGUGGUUCCGAGCCAGCCAUGGCUCGACGGCGUGGCAGUCAGUCCUGGGCUGGUGAAGCAGUUUGUUGCGAUGCCGUUCGGGUCGGGAUACUCUGUUGAGAAGCAGGUUACGGGCGAGGAGAGCGUGGGGGGGAUGCAGUUUGAGGUGAUUCCGGCAUAUGAUAAGGAGGAGUAUUUUCUCAGCAGGGAUCAGUUCUUUGAGGAGAUGGUGGCAAAGAAGUCGCUGGAUGCCAUGGUGACGGCAAAGCGUUUGGGGCUGCAGCCGGGAGAGAUGAUCUACUGCAAGAGGAUCAAGGAGACGAAGAUGAGAGUUCGGACGGUGAAGGACCUGCUGAGCGACUCGGGUGCUCUGCUGGAGUUGGACCUGUGUAAGAUGAUCAACACAAAUCUCAGAGUUCGGAUUUUGGGGAAGGAGUCGAGCUAUUCCGUCCAUGGCGACUCCACGAAACCAUUCGAAAGCAUUGGCAUAGAGAUGGAAAGGAGGGCCGGCCUGCCAAGGGCCGGCCGAUGCUUCUGCAUUGGCGGUAAGGAGGUCAAAACAUGGAAGGACAUGUAUCGCCUCAUGCAAGCGUCGAGCGAAGGCUUCGGUGCCGGUGCCGGUGCCAGAAGCGACAUUCCGCUCGACUGGGCCCGCCAACUCACCCUUGAGAUCGAAACCUACAAUUGCUAUCCUCCCUUCUCAUGCAAGGUUGCGGAAUCAGAGACGGUCAUGUCACUGAAGGAAAGGAUUUGCGAAAUGGGAAUUUUCACCACCGAUCUAGAAACGGUGUACGUGACGUUUGGGAACCAGUGGCUUCAGAAUGAACAAACCCUCGGUAGCUCUGGCGUAGUCAAUGGAGAUGUGCUCAUUGUAGGGAAGCAUAUGAGGGGGGGGUGUUCGCUCGUCUCGCCCGAGAAUAGGCAAAUGGCCAUAGCCGUCGGCGGCACGGUCAAGCAAGACAUCCAUCCCGACUACUGGCAUCCCGAGUCAUGGAACACCGAAAACGUCAAACUUCUCAACGUGCAGGUCGUCAACUCUGUCGCCUUUGAAGGGAUCACGGGGAUGGCAGCGCCCAAAACACCAAUCGGCCCAGAGACGUAUGCGUCGAUGGGGCUGCCCUUCUUUGAGCUCUACCGCGAGCAGCCCUCCACGGUCGGCGGAGACUUCAGCAAGGUCAAGACGGUGUCGGAGAUGGAUGCGACGCUGCAGGCGGGAGGGAGUGCAGCAUACAACCCUGCGGUAGCGCAGAUAUGCACCAUCUCCGCCCCGAUGAACGCUCCUGGGCACGAGGGCCGCAACAGGCCGUUCAAGGUCAUCACGUUGGACAUAACGGACCGCAGGGAGAGGUUUACUAGCAUCAAGCAGCAGGUGGGGAGGGGCUAG